AUGGAUUCCAAUAUAAAUUAUCCCUAACAUCAAUUGAUCCUAGAUCGAAAAUCUUUAUUUUCUCAGACGCCCAUAGUUACAGUUGGGGGGACAGUGGUUUUAUUUUUUAUUUUUUUUGGUUUAAAAAUGUCGAGGUUUCUUCGGAAUGCGGCUUCUCUCAGGCGCUCUUUGUUUCCUCGGUUACAGGAAUCUAGGCAGGGAAUGUCAAAAACAACCACUCAAUUAUGCUACUUUGCGACCAAAGGUGCAGAAGGUAAAAGGAAAUCAAAGUCAGAUACAAGUGACUCUGGUGAAGAGAAUAUAUCAGAAAAAGAUUUAGCGCUCAAGCUAGCACUUGACCAGAUUACCUCAUCACAUGGAAAAGGAUCCAUCAUGUGGCUUGGUAGGUCAGUCACUUCAAGGCAUGUUCCUGUGGUAUCUACUGGAUCUUUUGCUUUGGAUAUUGCACUAGGAGUAGGAGGACUUCCAAAGGGACGAGUAGUUGAGAUAUAUGGUCCAGAAGCAUCUGGAAAAACAACUCUUGCUUUGCAUGUGAUUGCUGAGGCACAGAAACAAGGAGGUUACUGUGUUUUCAUUGAUGCUGAGCAUGCUCUUGAUCCAUCCCUAGCUGAAGCUGUAGGAGUGAAUACUUCAAAUUUGCUUAUUUCACAACCAGAUUGUGGUGAGCAAGCUCUUAGCCUCGUGGAUACUCUAAUCAGAAGUGGUUCAAUCGAUGUUGUUGUUGUGGAUAGUGUAGCUGCCCUGGUCCCCAAGGGUGAACUUGAUGGUGAAAUGGGAGAUGCGCACAUGGCCAUGCAAGCUAGACUGUUGAGCCAGGCAUUACGCAAAUUGAGCCACUCUUUAUCUCAAUCACAGACAAUAUUAAUCUUUACAAAUCAGGUGAGAGCAAAAUUAUCCACAUUUGGAGGAUUUGGUGGCCCUGUUGAAGUUACUUGUGGUGGUAAUGCCUUGAAAUUUUAUGCUUCUGUACGCCUGAAUAUUAAGAGAAUAGGGCUAGUUAAGAAGGGAGAAGAGACCAUAGGAAGCCAAGUUCUCGUGAAGAUUGUAAAAAGCAAACAUGCUCCUCCAUUUAAAACUGUUGAAUUUGAGAUUGAAUUUGGGAAGGGGAUUUGUAGGGUGGUGGAGAUCAUAGAAUUGGGAUGCAAAUACAAGUUGAUCAGGAAGGCUGGCUCAUUUUAUCAUAUGAAUGAUCAGAGUUUUCACGGCAAGGAUGCUCUCAAAAGAUACCUGUCUGAAAAUACAAGUGUACAAGAAGAACUUGUGAUGAAGCUUAGAGAGAAGCUUAUUGAUGAGAAACCAGAAGGAAAAAUGUCCAAUGGAGUGGCUAAUGGUGGAGACUCCGUUGAGGAGGUGGGUGUGUCUGACAGUACCGAUGAAGUUACUGCUGUUGAGGCAUAGAUAUAAAUUUAUGCUGUUUUAUUCACCAUGAAGGCUACUUACUGUGCUUUGUGAGAUUUGGCAUUGCUGUACGUGCGGAUAGCAUGUACUGUAUCAGUUGGCGUAUAUGAUAGCACGGCCUCUCUUCUGUUGUAGUGGGUGUCUGUAUUUUGAGACUAUAGCCUUGUAAGUUAAAUAUGCUGCGUAUUUAGGGUCAUGUUGAUGAAAUUGUACGGGUCCAGAGGAACAUUAAUGGCUGAGCUAUUUUCUUAUGUUUCGAUAUCUGUUGCCAAUGCCAGUUUUUCGUCGUCUCUCGGGUACCAAUGAAAAAAUUGCACCUCUUUAAUUAAAUUUUUUAUUCAUGCAGCAAUUUUUCA